UGGUUCCAUAGCUACCCAGACCGAAUGCCUAAACAGUCAGUGUAAAUAAAGCAGACUUCCUGGGAAAGUGGAAUCUCAAGAGACGUAUGGUGGAGCGUUAGGUUAGCUGCCAUCGUUGCUUCUGGACCUCUAAGCUACAACCAAAUAUCAUCCGACAAGACCUCUGCGUCUUGGAAAGGAACUGUGAUAUACUAGGAAGCUGUGCUUCAGUCAGGGCAGCACAAGAGAGAGAGCGAGAGCAAGGAGCGAGGGUACGUGCGAGAGAGGGAGAGAGAGAGAGAGAGAGAGAGAGAGAGAGAGAGAGAGAGAGAGAGAGAGAGGGAUAAAAAAAGAGAGGGAUAAAAAAAGAGAGAGCGAGAGUCAGUGGAGGAGAGUGAGCGAGGGAGGGAGAGAUAGGAGGAGAAAAUUCUGCUGAAAGGAAGCAUUUUUGGUGGAUGGGAUAAAACCAACCAUGGAAACUACAUCAGAAGAGAACCAAGAGCAGAGCCAGGAGAAAAAAGGUUGCUUUGAGUGCUGCAUCAAGUGUUUAGGUGGGGUGCCGUAUGCGUCACUGGUGGCUACGAUCCUGUGUUUCUCUGGCGUGGCCCUGUUCUGUGGCUGUGGCCAUGUGGCCCUCACCGGCACCAUCAGCAUCCUGGAAAACCACUUCUCCAAGAUCACCUCUGACCACGCCAUGCUGACCGACGUAAUACAGCUGAUGCAGUACGUCAUCUAUGGCAUCGCCUCCUUCUUCUUCCUCUAUGGGAUCAUCCUGCUGGCCGAGGGCUUCUACACCACCAGCGCUGUCAAGGAGCUGCACAGCGAGUUCAAGACCACCAUUUGCGGGCGCUGUAUUAGUGGGAUGUUUGUGUUCCUGACCUACAUCCUGGGUAUUGCCUGGCUGGGAGUGUUUGGUUUCUCCGCCGUGCCCGUCUUCCUCUUCUACAACAUGUGGUCCACCUGUGCCGCCAUGAGGUCACCAGUCGCCAACUUCACCAAUGUGGACUCUAUCUGCGUGGACGUCCGUCAAUACGGUAUCAUCCCAUGGAACGCUACACCAGGCAAGGCUUGUGGGUCCACACUAGGAGACAUCUGUAAUACUAGUGAGUUCUACCUGUCCUACCACCUGUACAUUGUAGCAUGCGCUGGAGCCGGGGCCACCGUCAUUGCUCUGAUCCACUUCCUCAUGAUUCUCUCAGCAAACUGGGCCUACCUAAAGGACGCCAGUCACAUGCAUGCCUACCAAGACAUCAAAAUGAAGGAAGAGCAGGAGCUGCACGACAUCACGUCUCGCUCAAAGGAAUGUCUCAAUUCCUACACAUAAGGAUUACGCCCUCGUCCACCUCUAUGACCACACACACACACACACACACACACACACACACACACACACACACACACACACAGCUCCUGUAACCUGCCAGCUGCCCUCACGCAGCGCAGUAAUACAGCUCCUAACAAACUAAAGCAUCAAUGUCGCUUUCUGCAACUAACCAAGACGUGUCGGAAACCUCUGUUUUGUGUUUUGUAUGUGAAUAUAUUUUUGUUUUUAUUUUUCUAAAUUGUCGAAUAAGAAAAAUAUGCAGUUUUGAAAAAUUAUUUUGAUCUGUCCUUUUUUUGCUUUCUUCCUAAUCGGUCUUCGCUGGUGAAGCUUGAAACAUUGCACUAUUCUAACACAAGAACGUAAAGAAAUAGUGAAACUUGUUUUUAGAGUGUUCUGUUAUGAUUCUGGCCUGACUGUUGGCCAUUUAUGAAUAAGGGAGAGCAGGAAGUUCGUGUCAGCGAGAAGAGAAUCCAUUUUUUUUUUUUUUUAAAUCAUAGAUGCGGUUUUGAUAACACUUCAUAGCACAACAUGAAACGCCUUACAACAUCAGUUCUAUUAAAGUAGUGCAACGUGUUGUUUUUAAUUGCACACAAGUUUGGUCCUCCUGGCUUUGAAUGGAGAGAAUAUAAGGAAGAGAAAUAUGAAGGUACAGCAACAUUCCAUUGUAGAACAGAACAUGCAUUGGUUGGCUUCAUUGACAAUUUAUGUUACCCCUCUGCCCAUUAAAACUAUGUUAGGUUUAGAUUAAUUUUCUCUUGAUAGUAGUUUUCCUAUUUUAGGGCUGACAUUUAGUUUAAUGCUAAUUCUAGUUACAUUCGUCACAUAAAUAAUGAUGCAAAAUACUAAUUCCCUCAGGGGUACAAUAGUGGGCCUACGUAGUUACUUUAGCUACAUACACAUGUAUUUUACUUAACCACGUGCCCAUGUGACUGUACGCGAAACCGUAGUGGUUUCAGAUUUUAGUUUUAGUCCUUUUUGAAGGGAGGAAUCCCUUACACUAAAAUACAUGCAAAGGUCGUUUUUUCUCUUAGACUUUAAUUUUUAUUUUUAAACUCUGGCAAGUGAAUGGUGCCAAUAACAAUUCUACUGUUAGACUGACCAAAAUAUCUCAUCUUAAUACAUCACCAAAGUGUGAUAUCAUGGGUAAUAAUUAGUAUCAUUUUUUUUUUAAAUGCAGCAAUUUAAAAUGUCAUGGUUAAUGUCUUUGUGAGAUGAAAAAUAAAUGUCAAAUUUGACAAUAGAGCGUGAGGAUGGUAUACUACCCUGUUGGACAGAGGGGGCUUGUAUAUUCAAAGUAUUGUUGGGAGGAAUAAAUGCUUCCUAUUGUAUAGUGUAUGAUCUCCCACAGUUCAUUCCAAAUCCCCAGGUGACUUGAAAUUCCCCUUUGCGACUGUUAAAUGUUCAUCCCUAUAACUACAAGAUACAGGAUGCUUCCAUUAUACUUGGUUGAGAAAAAAAUCUGUCUGUACCGAAACAUUUGAUAUAAUGUGAUGUGCUUUGUUACCAUGGCAGACCUUACAACUUAGACAGUACAAGUGAAAUGUGUGAACGUUAUCCCUUCUACAUCCAGGCUAACUCAGUCUUAGGAUGUGGAUCUACAAACAAAAUCUGUGCUUGUAUGUGUACAAUGUAAAGAUGUUACAAGUCAGGAAUCUUUUGGUGAUGUUUCAAUCUUGUUUUGUUUUUUUAUUGAAUAUAUAACCACUUAAAAAAGAACAACAAAAAAAAAGUUUCAAAACCUCUUGAAUUGCAUUUCAGCAUUGUUUUUGACAUGCAAUUGUGAAAAUACUGACAAUUACUGAUGUAAUCUUUUUCUUUUAGGUAGAGAAGACACAGGGAUAUUGAUGUUAAUUCAUUAUUGCAUGAAGGAGAAAACUGUUUCUGCAGUGAUACAGGUGAUGUGUAGUCAUAUGUACUGACAACUAUCGUAGGCAGUGUUUGCCUGUUUCCUUUUCUUUUUUCUAACAGAGAACCAAUUAAUCCAUUGUAUGUCCAUUGUAUGUCAUCGUAGUCCUAGGCGUUUCCAAGUAUGCGAAUCCUCUAUAGUAUUUUGUAACCUAAUAGUGUACCCCAUUUUUUUUCUAUGAGUGUCAAGGGCCUCCUUGUGAAUUUAUUUCAGAUGAUACUUAAUGCGUCACAGUAUUAUGAAUAUUAAUCAUCACCAUAUAAUUGAAAAUGGCAAUCUGACCAUGAAUACGGUUCAGGCAAAGUUUAAGCCACUGUAAGUCUUGAUUGACAACAUCUUGUUUUGUGAACAAAGUGGUCUCAGAAAUAUUGUAGAACAGACGCUAAAGUGGCCUGCAGGAAGAUGGCUGAUGUGAAGUGAAUGACUUUGAUCAUGCAGUCUCAUUAUACAGCAUUUCCUGUGUAUAAAGUACCAACAAAUUAUAGAAAUGGCUACUGAUCAAUCACCAGGAGGACACCAAUCCAACAUCCUGUCUGACUGGGAUCCCCUCUGACAUCUCUCUCUCAACAAGCCUGUUAACUGUUUUUAUGAAAAUAAAGAAAUACAAAAAUGAACUCCA